AUGGUUCCACAGAACAGUUCUAUUUCAGUCUGUGAGAAAAUUAUUUUUCUUCACUCAGUUCUAGGUAUUGUCUUCUUCACGCAGACAGCAGCUGGUCUAUUGGGAAAUUUCUUCCUCCUUUACCAUUGUGUCUCCACUUUCCAAACCGGCAGCAGGAUGAAGCCUGUCAACUCCAUUUUUUUCCACCUGUCUUUGGCCAACUCAAUAGUGCUUAUUUCAAAGGGAGUCCCUCAGACGAUGGUUGAUUUGGGGCUGAAAAUUUUCCUGGAUCGUGUUAGAUGUAGAUUUACUGUUUUCCUCCACCGAGUGGCCCAUAGUCUUUCUGUCAGCAUCACCUGCCUUCUGAGUGGUUUUCAGAUUAUCAUUGUUAGUCCCAUUACCUGUUCCAAAUGGUCAGAACUCAAAAGUCAUGCCUCAAAAUACAUUUUCCUCUUAUGUCUUUUCUGCUGGAUCCUACACAUCCUGAUGAAUAUCUUCAUGUUUGUCAAUAUGCAGAACUUUACAGAGAAAAGUAAUAACACAAAGAUAUGGAAUAUAGGAUUCUGUUCAGAUUAUGCUCCAGCCUCAUUCAAAGUUUCACUAUUUGUACUUAUAUACUCUAUUCCUGACUUCUUGUGUGUGGGUUUUAUGGUCACUGCCAGUGUCUACCUGGUGCAUCUCCUGCAAAGACACCAUCAACAAGUCCAGCAUAUUCACAGCUCCAGCCAAUUGUCAAGAAAGUCACCUGAGAUUCGAGCCACCUACACCAUCUUGGUGUUGGUGAGCACCUAUUUCUCCUUCUAUUCAGUCAACUCCAUUUUUUCAUUUUAUCUCUUUCAGUUUGAUAAAUAUGAUCAAUGGUUGAUUCCCACAUCAGCUCUCUUGGAUGCAUGUUUCCCAGCCAUCAGUCCAUUUGUGCUUAUCAGCUCUGAUUCCCAAAUUCUCCAUUUCUUUUACUCACUGUGGUCAAGGAAAAGAUGCCAAGACUCUUUUUUCCCUGGGUGUUUCAGUGCCCAACAUUCUAUUUCCACUCUUGGAAGCAGAUAUCUUAAAGAAGUUGUAGUCAGCAACCAAUAG